UCAGUGAAGAUUUGGUUGCAGGAGUUGAUGACAUCUGUUGACUCCUUAGUUGAUGUUGGUUUGUCCGAGUCAUGUGGAAAAUAUGCUGAGGUGACGAGUUCUGUACAACUCCUUCCAUGUACGUGUGUUAUCCUGACUUCUGUCGUAUCCCUAUAAGGGAACUCCAACAAAGUUCAAGAAGCGUGAUACCGUCUGCGUAACACAUGAGCAAUGCGGGGUGCGCACUCCGAGCUGCGGUACACAGCAGCCGAGGAGCGCGGCGGGUUGCAGUCCUGGCUGUGCCGUCGUCUUGUGAACAGUUGUCGCGCAGCGAGAUGAGGCGUUGCGUCGAGUGGCACUGCGCGGUGCUGACGGUAUGGGACGUCGUGGAGCCGACAGCGUGACGUAACUACCCUAAGGCGAUUUCCGUGAUGUGUGACCGAGAACGACUAUGAAGGCAGCCAUCUUGUUCCCCUACGAAGCUCUCAGCUCUCGAGGGUGCUGCCGGCUUCAUGCCCGCCACGCGGCCAUCACCAGCGCUGUCUACACUUUGAACGUCUCCAUCCUGGUGGUACUCCUCUACAGCUGGAGGAUCGGCGUCAAUGUCAAGAAAUACGCCGACCUGGAAGACGUCUAUUACGGAGUGCAGAUCGCCUACUUCGCGACCAUCGGCACGCAUCUCUUCAUGGUGGUGCUAAGCAUCGUCCUGCUCUUCGGCAUAUUCAAGGAGAAUUCUGGGCUUGUGGUCCCUUGGAUCAUCGGCUUCAUCACGUUCAUGGCCCUAGAAGCAGUCGCCAUGGUGUACUCCAACGUCCUCAGGGACCACGUCAACCGGCAAUUCGACGUUCUCUGCAAAGCUGAAGUGGCGUUUUUCAUAUCGAGAGCAAUUCUAAACGUGGGAGCCCUCUAUGGAGUUAUGCGGUUCUAUAACCUGCUGAGAGCCGGCAUUUCGUGGAAAGGACCGGAAGCCAUUGAACUCUGAUGUCAAAAUGGCGGAAGGAAAAAAAUCAGUGAUUCUGACGACGCUGAUGAUAAUGGUGAUGAUGAGGAUUCUGCAUUGCUACAAUAUGACAGCACGAGCGAUUCAGAUGUCAUUCUUGGUGAUUCAGUUUAGUGUUUCCUAAGUACGUGAGUGCUUCCGUAUUUAUUUUCAUACAAGAAAGUGCCAAUGCAGUGAAGAAACAAAGUGAGUAAUUAUUUUUAAUUUGGUGGUUUCUGUGAAGAGAUUCACAACUUCUCAUUGGUAAAUUCGUCCUACCUGUUUCCUAAUGGACACGAGAGCUUAACUGACUCUGUGUGAACUGAACAUAAAAUGGCGUAAGCUUAUGCUUUGUUAUGUAUCACAUGCUUGAAAUUCUGGAGGAUGGUGACUCACCUCAGAGGAUCAUGUCCCAAAUCUCAUGACGCAUGAUGAGCUAUGAGACACGAGAGCAGGUCUCCGAACUGUGUCCUUCAUGAGAUCAUAUCUUCUUGAUGUUACAUUUUAUACAUGAUAAUUCUAGUCAUGUUAGUAAUAUUUAAACAUCGUGUUUUUCCUUCUUAACAGAAUUCAAAUUGUCAGUUUAUGCCAACAGUAUGAGUGAAUAAACCUGUGCAGUUGUAUAGACGUCAUGUGAACAUAUCUGAAACAGAGAAAUACUUGAUGUGGCGCCGUGUCGAUCUUGUGUGUGCCGACGUUUCGGAGGAAUAUGUCGCCUUCAUCUUCAGGACAGAAAAUCCUCGAGCGUGGAACCAACGUGAGCAGGUAGUUGCAGACUGCAAAAUGCACUGGGGUUAUGGACAUCAUAAUUAGUUAACUAUACCAAUAAUGGGUGAUGUAAAAGGACGGUCUAUUUCCACUCAUAUUCUCACAUGUUUCGACAGGUCAAGUUUAAUAUAGAAACACAGACUGAUCUAGAUACACAGCAGAAACGAACUGUGGGAAUGUGAGCUGCACUUUGCGUCUAAUGACAGGAUGUGUCGAUCUGCAACAAUUCGCAUACUCUGAGUGCAACACCAUAUUUCUAUGUAAGAAUGUAAAUAUGAAAACAACGGAACUACAUAUGUCUUAUGUUCAUAUUAUACUUAGCAUGACAUUUGUACUGUGUUCAUCAUGUAUGUUGUAAGAGACCGAAAUAUAUCGACAAAUAUAUUA